GUUUAAUUGUCAUGCUAGCAAUUAGACCAUUACAGCAAAAGACGACGAGAAGAAGAAGCUGCAGAAGAACAAGUCCAGACUUUUUAUUCAUUUUUUAAAGUGAAGGACCAAGUCCCGCAUGGAACCGGGCGGUGCAAGGUUCCAGCCCUGGCGGGACUACUUUGGCUUGUCGGACGCAGUUCGAAGGAUCGUGAGUCGGAACCCGACAACUCCGGAUCCUCCAGAGCAGAUGAUUCCUUCGGAACUGGACGCUCUCCUGGAAAAAAACGACCGUCAGGUGAACUGUGUAGCAGAUGAUCCAACCCGAUGCACAAGGCAGUUCCACAUUCAUGCACCAGGUGGCGAUCUGCUGGAUGUUCCCGCAGAAGGAGUGCUGAAAGCAGGGCAAGAGCAGAAGCAGCCGAAGACACCCGAGCCUGCACCCGCGCACAUGCUGUGCCGUUUCUGCAAACGUAACGGGGAGCCCGAGGUGGUCUACAAGUCUCAUUGGCUGAAGGACCUCUCGGGAGAUGUCCUGUGUCCUGUCCUGUGGCAGUACGUGUGCCCUCUGUGCGGCGCUACAGGACCGAAAGCCCACACUAAGCUCCACUGUCCGAAGGUGGACAAGGCGUACCGGUCCGUUUACUCCAAGGGUAGACGCUGAACUUCUGGUCUCCUUGGGAGGUUUCACCCGUGUGGCUUUCAACCGUUUUACAGACCGGAUUAAAAUACAUGCAUGCUGUUUUGCAUGGGUUCGAGCUUUAGUUGGUUUGUGUUACAGGUUGGCGUUCAAUAGUUCAACUCUAUUGCCAAUAAA